AGCAAACUCUAGAAGUACCGAUACGGCACCGUAUGAAUAGGGUGAGACGUACUGCACAGCCGUGGCACAAGGACAACAAAUAUUGAGCCUUCCCCCCGUCCCCCCGUCCCCCUACACCGCUGCACCUUAUCUGAGUUUAUUCUCUUGUUAUCGAUCGUUUAUUUCCACCCUCUUUGGCCAGGCACGUCAGAGCUGAGCACCACAGUCUGAAUAUGAAGACCGCCACCGACUUCAACGCUCUCCCACCGGCAGUGAGUGUGAGCACCAACGUCGCCACGAUGGUUCCUCCUCCCUCCCACUUCGCCCUCACCAGCGGAGAGCUGGCGGAGUGCUUCCUCAACGCACGGCGCAGCAGCAUCCACACCCAACCCCCGCCCUCCGAUGCGAAGGCCAUCAAAAAGGCGCAAGAGCGCCUCGACAGCUUCCACUCCUCCCAGAUGAAUCCGUUCCUGUACGGGUACCUGUACCCCGGCCAGGAUGUCCCUGAUAGCGCCUUGAGUGGAAUCCGCAACCUGUGCGUCAACACGAGCUCCGACUGGGCGGCGCGGUGCCAGCGUCUCGCCUUCGACGUGCUGACGGCGGAGCUGCAGGCGAAGGCGUCCAACGUCAUCCCACGCGCCAACCACGACGACCCCAUCGGUCUCGCCCAGCUGCGCCGCGUGCUGCCGACGCUGAAGUACGUGCCGAAGGUGUCCGUUUCGAACCCGCACUGCCGCUUCGUUGGCAGCUACGCCGACGACGCCGCCGACAGCGCCAAGGUGUUUUCGGCCAAGGUGAGCGUGCAGAACACCGGCUCGCAGACCUUCACCGUUGAAAUCGUUCAGACGCAGACCGUCAUUGACGGAGUCAAGGUGGAGAACAAGUUCAUGGAGGCUACGUUGGAGAAGGCGGAGCUGCAUCGCGGGGAGUCGGUGGACAUGUGUCUGACCAUGCAGAACCCUCCGCGUGCGGUGCUGUGGGAGUACGAGCAGGUCGUGGUGCUCGCGGUGAACGGUGUGCUGAAGUACUUCGUGACCUUCGCCGUCAUCUCGCCAAGGCAGAAUUUGUUCAAGCAGCGCCUGCCGGGGUGCCUGCCGCUGACGGUGCUGAACUCCCCGCUCGGCGAGUACAGCGCCCCGCUGAUGUUGCAGGUCCUGAAGCACGCGUUCAUCCGGCAGGAGGGCUACACGAGUCCUGCCGUCACGCACCUUCUUCUUGGCAAGGCCGUCAACUACCGUCCGCACAACGAGGUCGUGAUGCAGGAGACGAUGCGGCUGAAGGAGAUGCUGUCGGAGCAGCUGAACCUGGCGGAGAUGAUCACCAGCUACUGGACCUCGUUGCCCGACGCACGGAAGGCACCGCUGUCACGACAAUACCGCGCACCGCCCUCGUCGGCCCAGCCAGCCCGCUAUGCCCCCGGCUCCGACAAGGCCGGCUCCUCCAGUAGCACCUCCGCUGACGCACUCUUUCCGAACGGCUUUACGCGCCUGCCGGAUGUGCUGACCCGCUGCCCUCCCGCCGUCAUCUUUGGCGUGAUACUCAUCUGGCUGGCCGAGAUGGACAUUGCGGUCUUUGACUCCUCGCUCUUCAACUCGGACGCAGUGGGCUACCUGCAGACCAUGCCGCCCUACCUGCGCGGUAUUGUGCUGUGGAUUUUAGACUUGUGCUGCGGCCUGCUGGCAAAUCAGGAGGUGAACGGCGUUAACGAGCGCGUCUUGGCGCUGACGUUUGCGGGGCUUCUCAUGCGUCGCAACGCGCAGCAGUCCACCGCCGAGGAGUCGGAGGCGUUUUCGGAUGCGCAGUACGCGGAUCUUGCCGGCCCGGCGGGCAACUCGGUGUCGGCCACCUCCUUUUCGAUGGAGGUGUCCUUUCAUCAGAACGCCGUGACGGCCAUGCUGCACUGGAUCACCAUUUACCGUGUGAAGUACAUGAAGCGGAUAAAGUGA